GACCUACGCGGCUGUCUAAAGUCACCGUAUAGUUAGCUGUUCAAUGGAUCUUCCAUGUCCUGAGUGGCAGUCUCGGAUGUCCAGGCGCUGGGAAUCCCUAUCUGCUAAAAGUAAGCGACACUUAAGUGAACUUACACAGCUCGAAGAUCUAUUGGAAGAGACGUGCCGUUUGCUGAACCCAGAAGACACCGUGUUUCUUUUAGACCUAUCGAAGAAGUAUGAUGUGCAGAAAGAUCCAGCUGUUGCCAGUCGCUUCAGGGAGCAGGGGAACAUCAGCUUCAGGAAGAGAGAUUAUGCCCAGGCCAUGUUUUUUUAUUCCAAGGGAACACGUUUUGCCAGUGCAGGCAGUGAAACUCUAGCACUCUGCUUUGCAAACCGUUCUGCUUGUCUUUUUUAUCUACAGCAGUACCAGGAGUGCCUGACCGACAUAAGAAGAGCACUGGAUUCUGGAUACCCCAAACAUCUGGAGCCUAAGCUUUUAAGACGCAGAGAGGAGUGUAUCUUAAAAUUGUCUGAAAGUGCUAGCAAAAACCGUGAAUCCACUCAUCAAGUCAGUGGACCAAAUCUAUGUGACCCAAACACUUUAAACAGAUGCAAACAAGAGGGCUCCAACUUAAACAAGGCAGAACUCAUUCCUUGUUGUUCUGCAGCUAUUAGUCUUCAGUUUAACUCAGAAAAAGGGCGCCACUUGGUGGCAAAGCAAGAUAUUGCAGCAGGAGAAGUGAUUUUGGAAGAAAGAGCCUUUGCUUGUGUCCUGAUUAAUGAAGUAAACACCAAAACAGGUUCUGAAAAUUCUGCACUGAUGGCAAGUACCCAGGAUUGGUAUUGCCAUCAUUGCCUAUGCAAAGUUACCACACCUGUGCCUUGUCAUGGAUGUAGUUAUGCAUGUUAUUGUACAGAGAUAUGUAAGGAUCAGGCUUGGAAAGAAUACCACAUCGCAGAAUGCGCUGUCAGUGGGAUGCUACUUGGUUUGGGCAUUUUUACACACUUGGCCUUCAGGUUAGCACUAAAAGCUGAGUUGGAGCAUACCAAAGAGAGCCAGGAAAGGUCAAGAUUAAAAGAGGCAGGAUGCUUGAAGGAGAAUGAGUUAUAUUGCCCUGUGAAGGGAACAUGUAAAGAACUGGAUCAAGGUGGUCAAACUUCAAAGCUGGACAGAACUUGCAGCGGUGAUAACAAGGAGCUUGUAAGCAUUGACAGGCCUUUAGUAAUUCCAGGCUGUAAUGUGUCAAGUUGCUACCAAGGCUCCUAUAGCUCAGUUUAUAGCUUACUUCUCCACUUUGAGAAACACACACCCCAAAUGCGAUUUCUUUAUGCCAUAACAGUGACUCUGCUAUGGCAAAUACUGAAAGAAAGUGGGCAGCUGCCAGACUGCUGGAGUUCUGUUUCAAAGAAAGUUAGCGACGAGACCCAAAAAAGCAUGUUGUCCUAUCCACAGUUUAGUGUUAUAGGUGUGAUGUUGCUCAGGCACAUGCUGCAGAUGAGAUGCAAUGCUCAAGCUGUAACUACAGUGUCUAAAUUCACAGGUAUAAGUAAUUCUUCUGUAGAAUCUCAGGUGCAAACCCGUGUUGCUACAGGAAUAUUCCCCACUGUAAGUCUGAUGAAUCAUUCCUGUGACCCCAACACCAAUAUCACAUUCCAGAAAAACAUCAUUACUGUCCGGACAACACGGCUCUUAAAAGCUGGAGAGGAAUUACUCCACUGCUAUGGUCCGCAUCGCAGUCGCAUGAAUGUUUUUGAAAGGCAGCAUCUCCUGGAAGAGCAGUACUUCUUCCAGUGUCAAUGCAAGGCAUGCAAAGAAGAGAAGUCAGAACUCAGCGGCAAUCUGAAUCCUGGUGGUCUUUUUGGGAUCCAGUGCAGUCAGUGUGGUUCAUCUCUUAAGUCUGUCAAUAAAGAUGGGGAAGAGUAUUGCUGUUCCAAGAAAUCCUGUGGACACUCCGUAUCUCAACAAGAGAUUUUGAAGCAGGUGGAGGGGAUAAGGAAGGGCAUCCAAAGAGCAGUGUUGCUGAUUGAAACAGGCCAACAAGAUCAGGCUCGGAGCAUCUUGCAAAAAUGUCAGACGGAAGCAUGGAAAAUUCUGAUUCCUACUCACCCUCUGCAAGGAGAGAUUGAGGACUGCAUAGCACGUGUCCUUGCUGUCAUGGAGAGGUGGGAUGAAGCAGCAACUCAUCUUAGCCGCAGCAUUGAACUAGUCCGUAACCAGUAUGGCGAGAACAGCUUGGAAUUGGGACAUCAACUUUUCAAACUGGCACAGCUGCAAUUCAAUGGCUGUGUCUUGCCACAGGCUCUCUCGACCAUCUCUGAAGCAGAGCAAAUCCUUACUCUAAACUGUGGGCCCAACUUCGAGUUGGUACAGGAACUGCAGGAAAUGUCACAGUGUCUCCAGGAUGCAGUGAAAUCUCAACAAUGUUUCAAAGAAUACAGCUGAGAAUUUUGCACCUUAAACAAUUCCAACACAUCAAGAGUGACAGAUCAGUGGUUACAAAGCAUAUCUCAGAGAUGGCUUACAUUUGUAUAGUGCUGUCUUCAUUAAGGCACACUUUUAGAAAGGCUGCAAGAUCCCAGAGCAAUAUACAUUUGUUUGUAUAAAAGUAAUUGGAGGUAGUGGAUUCUGAGCCUCAGCUAGUGCAUUUGUGAUAGACACAAGGCCUGGAAUGCCUUGUGUUCUUUGUUGAGCACCAUCUGCUGGACCUUGUGUUUUCUGAAAGCAAAUUUGAAGUGUAAAUCACAUAGGCCUCAGAAGAGACGGUUCCAAGCCAAUGAUGUAUUCACAAGUGUAUAAAAACAAGCAUCGAGACUGGUUUGCAGAAAGGCUAGAAUUUGCUUUGUCAUUGUACCAAAAAAAAUUAUUAAAGAAAUGCAUUUUGGUGAUCCUGUUGUUGCAGAAAAAUGCAAAUUAAUGUUUAGCUGUGUAAUAGCUUAUUAAUACUGCAGUGUGGAUCAAUAAGUGUACAGAAAACCAUAUAUGAAGGUGGAGCAGCAUAGUCAUCUACAUAACAUCCCUCAAAACUGCUUAAUCUACCUCAGGUUUGCUGAAGGCCAGAGCCUAUCUUGACAACAUUGGCCGAAAGGCAGGAACUAGACUUAGACAAGAGCGAGUGCCCCAUAAGUGCUAAUUCCUACCACAUUUCCAAAUAACCUGCAUGUUACUGUAAAUGUGAUAGGAAUAGCCAUACAGAAAAUGGGAGAAUGGACAACAAACAAAGGAUUUAAAGUCUAUGGGCAUUACCCUGAUUUCAGAGAAAUUGAUAAUUGAAAUUGAACUGGGAUGGACCAGGACUAUUGGGCAGAUAAACUGAGACUUUAAAAAUAGAAGAACAACAGUUUGUUAAAACAGGAUUCACAGUGCUCAACAAAGUGCAAACAGUGCACAUUAAAGUAAAUAAGUUAAUAAAAUGUUGAAAUAAAUGCCUAAAAUACA